GGGGCAUCGCGCAAACUGUACCUCACCCUACCUUCUCCCUCUGAGAAGCUGCUCGACAACUUCAAUGCACCACUUUUAAUAAUCUUUGCGGCUCCUUCUUUACUUUCUUUAACGCAUCGUGACGACUUCGUGGGUAAUUGGCGCAUCUUCAGGAGUUUGACGCGUGGGGCUGCAAAAGCUCCUCAGUCCUGAGCCUCAAACCCUCUCUUCCUUUGGACCCUUCCUUAACCAUCAACCAUGGGCCGAUCUGCAAAAUCAUCGUCCCCGAAGACGUCUGUCCGCUCGUCGCCAGCGGCCCCCAGCAAGAAACAUGACGAUUAUACUUCGGAGGGUGUGGAGGACAGAGAUGUGUUUCUACUCCCAGGAUCAGACUAUCGGGUUAUGAUAGGCGUAACAAUCGUGGCAGCCAUUGUGAGACUCUUCAGAAUAUACCAGCCUAGCAGUGUGGUCUUUGAUGAAGUCCACUUCGGUGGUUUCGCAUCAAAGUACAUCAAAGGGAAAUUCUUCAUGGACGUCCAUCCUCCCCUUGCAAAACUGCUUCUCACACUUGCUGGUUGGCUAGCUGGAUUCGAUGGAGAGUUUGAUUUCAAGGAUAUUGGCAAGGACUACCUUGAGCCAGGAGUACCAUACGUUGCCAUGAGGAUGCUGCCAGCCAUCUGUGGUAUCCUUUUGGUCCCGACGAUGUUCUUGACUCUGAAGGCUGCUGGAUGCAGAACCAUGACAGCUGCCAUGGGAGCUGGUUUGAUCAUUUUUGAAAACGGUCUCCUCACUCAAGCUCGAUUGAUCCUCCUCGACUCCCCUCUCAUGAUAAUGACCGCGUUCACCGGAUUGGCAUUCACGUCAUUCACGAAUCAGCAUGAACAGGGACCAUCCAAGGCCUUUCAGCCAACUUGGUGGUUCUGGCUUGCUAUGACUGGCCUUGGUCUCGGUGCGACGGUAAGCGUGAAAUGGGUAGGCCUCUUUACGAUUGCCUGGGUUGGAAGCUUGACUGUCAUACAAUUGUGGGUAUUGCUUGGAGACACGAAGACUGUGACACCGCGUAUCUUUGCCAAACAUCUGGUUGCUCGUAUCUUCUGCCUGAUUGUCAUACCUGUGACGUUUUACUUGGCUAUGUUCGCCAUUCAUUUCAUCUGCCUGGUAAACCCUGGGGAUGGAGACGGAUUCAUGAGUUCAGAAUUCCAAGCCACUCUUAAUUCAAAAGCUAUGCAAGAUGUCCCUGCCGACGUUGCAUUAGGUAGCCGGGUCACUAUCAGGCAUUAUAAUACGCAGGGAGGUUAUCUGCACUCCCACAACCUUAUGUACCCAACGGGAAGCAAGCAGCAGCAAAUCACCCUCUACCCGCAUAAGGAUGAGAACAAUCUUUGGCUUCUCGAGAAUAUGACUCAACCUCUAGGUGUCAAUGGAGAGGCGAUAAACGGUUCGCUUGCGUGGGAUGCACUUAGUCCACCAAACUUCAUUAAGGACGGGGAUACUAUCAAGCUGCUCCAUAUGGCCACUAGCCGCCGACUCCAUUCUCACGAUGUUCGACCGCCUGUCACCGAGGCUGACUGGCAAAAUGAGGUUUCUGCAUAUGGAUAUGAAGGCUUCGAGGGCGAUGCAAAUGACUAUUUCCGGGUUGAAAUUGUCAAGAAGAUGUCAGACGGGGAAGAAGCUAAGAAGCGCCUACGAACUAUCGAAACGAAGUUCAAGCUUGUCCACGUUAUGACCGGUUGCGUUCUAUUCUCGCACAAGGUCAAGCUCCCUGAGUGGGCUUCAGAACAACAAGAAGUCACCUGUGCCAAGGGCGGAACUCUACCAAAUUCCAUAUGGUACAUCGAACAGAACGAUCACCCUCAAUUGGGUGAAGCCGCAGAGAAAGUAAAUUACCGGAACCCUGGAUUCUUUGGAAAGUUCUGGGAGUUGCAAAAGGUCAUGUGGCAAACCAAUGCCGGUCUUGUUGAGUCUCAUACGUGGGACUCUCGACCUCCCUCCUGGCCCAUUCUCAGACGUGGCAUCAACUUCUGGGGCAAGAACAAUCGUCAGAUCUACCUCAUUGGCAACCCUAUUAUCUGGUGGAGCUCGAGCUUAGCUGUUGCGAUUUUCGUAAUCUUCAAAGGUCUUGCUAUUCUAAGAUGGCAGAGAGGAUUCAAGGACUACGACAAUACGGUCUUCAAACGGUUUGACUAUGAAGUUGGUACCUCGGUCCUUGGGUGGGCGUUCCACUACUUCCCGUUCUACCUCAUGCAACGUCAACUAUUCUUGCAUCACUAUUUCCCAGCCCUCUACUUUUCCGUCAUCGCUCUCUGCCAGAUCUACGACUAUGUCACUGCCCGCAUCCCUGGCAUUGGCCUCCGGGAACGCCCUUUCAUCAGCCGUACCGGAGCCGUUAUUUUCUUGACUCUUAGCAUUGUUGCCUUCGGACUAUACUCCCCUCUCGCAUAUGGCAAUCCAUGGACACAGUCCGCGUGCAAGAAGGUUAAGCUAUUCGAAACUUGGGAUUGGGAUUGCAACAAUUUCCUGACCGAGUAUUCCCAGUAUUCGACUCAAUCUAUUAUCCAAAACGCAGUACACAAGACAGACACACCUUCAGUGGCAACCGAUAUUGCUGUGCCACCACCACAGGGUGAGCAGAAGCCCCUCGUGCAACAGGACCAGCACAUAUCAGAAGCUCCUGCCUUAGUGUCUCCGCCUCCCAAUGUGCUAGGUCACAGUAUAGUUUCUCGUGAAGAAAAGGUUGAAUACAGAGAUCAGGAUGGUAAUCUUCUCGAUCCCGAGCAAGUUAAGGCUCUGGAAGGAAAAGUCAGUUUCAAGACCCGAUACGAAACCAGAACUCGGAUGGUUGACGCCCAAGGCAACGAGAUCCACGUCCCUGAGGAGGCGGGUGUCGCGCCACCUCAUCCAGAUGUGGAGGGUGUUGACCGCGAGACUGUUGGCGUUCCAGAGCCUGAUGUUCAAGACAAGCCUGCCGCUCAACGUGAAGUCAAGGCUGAUGAGAGCAAGGAGGAGAGUAUCGUAAAAUCGGAUGCCGGUGCUGCAAAGCCUGCAAGUGAAGGCAAUGAGGCUACUGCUGCGUAG